CAUUGCGCAUCCGAGAAACUUGUUCUCCGGUAAUCGGCACUCCGAAUCCUAAGGUUCCGUUGUGGUCGCCGCCCAUCGUCGCGGUUCCGCGCUUUAAGGAUUGCAGCGUGGCGGUUGCGCGGGCCCGCUGUGCAGGAAAAGUCCUACAGGUCGUGUGUGAGGGAUGCGUCGGCCUCAGCACUCGACUGGGCGUGACAGGAAGCAGAGACGUCGGCCUCUAUUUGCGGGGUGUCUCUAGCUACCGGACUCCGGGAUGCUUCCCUCAUACUCUCGCGAGGUUUCCCAGUGCAGGGAUCCGGCAUUGGGACGCAGCUUCUGAAAGUUCGGGAGCUCUUUCGAGCCAACUUAACAAACUAGGGAUCUCAGAUCAAACAAGCUGAGAUCUGGCUUCUCCAGUUGGAAGCGCACAUGCCAAACUGCUCUGGAGUCGCCGGAGGCAUCAGCAGAUCCCAGACCAGCCUUGAGUGAGGGCGGUGAUCUGCCUUACGGGUCCCCUCACUCAGGACGCAGUGCUCGCACGUUGCAGCAGCUCCAGACCUCACUGCUGCCGGAAAGUUGCAGGUACCGGAACCAAGAAGACCAGCCUGGCCCAGGAACCGCGGAGGAAAACUUCCCAGGAUGGUCUCCCACUCUGAGCUGAGGAAGCUCUUCUGUUCGGCGGAUGCAGUGUGCUUUGACGUUGAUAGCACCGUCAUCAGAGAAGAAGGGAUUGAUGAGCUGGCCAAAUUCUGUGGUGUGGAGGCCGCAGUGUCUGAAAUGACACGGAGAGCCAUGGGAGGAGCGUUGCCCUUUAAAGACGCGCUCACUCAGCGCCUGGCACUGAUCCAGCCCUCCAGGGACCAGGUACAGAGGCUCCUAGCUGAGCACCCGCCACACCUGACACCCGGCAUAAGGGAGCUGGUGAGCCGCCUCCAGGAGCGGCAUGUCCAGGUGUUCCUCAUCUCGGGUGGCUUCAGGAGCAUCGUGGAGCACGUCGCUGCGAAGCUCAAUAUCCCAACAACCAACGUGUUUGCCAAUAGGCUUAAGUUCUACUUUAAUGGUGAGUACGCAGGUUUUGACGAGAUGCAGCCGACAGCCGAGUCGGGUGGGAAAGGAAAGGUUAUUCGAUUAUUAAAGGAAAAAUUUCACUUUAAGAAAAUAAUCAUGAUUGGAGAUGGAGCUACCGACAUGGAAGCCUGCCCUCCUGCUGAUGCUUUCAUUGGCUUUGGAGGUAAUGUGAUCAGGCAGCAGGUCAAGGACAACGCCAAGUGGUACAUCACCGACUUCGUUGAGUUGCUGGGAGAACUGGAGGAAUGAUCUCGACUCCCCACUCACCCAGAACACCUCCACCUUUUCAAAGCUCCAGUCAGGCUCCUGGGAGAGUCUAGGAGACAGCUAUUGUUUUUCUACUGUAGUUCCAAUAUUAAUAUGACUACUAAUUACAUGGAGAGUUUUAUAUUCCGAAUUCUUUGUGUAUAUUCCUACAAAUAUUUUACCUGGAGCUUUCUGAGGUACAUAGUAAAUUAAAUGCUUUUACUCUA